UUACUUUUAAGACAUCCUUAUUUUAUCAUAUUUUUUGUGUUUAUAUUGGUUUCAUAGAUUCCUGCUCCUGUUCUUCCAUUUUCCCCUUAAGAUCACUUUUCCCUGUUAUCGCCUGUCUAUUUCUCCCCCACAUCCCACCGUGGUCUGCUUUUACUUUUCUGGUUACUGCAGUUACUUACUCCAGGUUGAGAACUCACAUCUGAAGGGUUGGAGCUAGGAACUUCCUAUGAAAGAACAUGUCUGUCUUUCUAGGUCUGGCUUAGCUCACUCAGUAUAAUCAUUUCUAGAUCCAUCCAUUUAUCUGAGAAUCUGAAUUCAAUUUUCAUAACAGCUGUAUAAUAUUCCAUAGUGUAUAUGUACCACAUUUUCAGUAUCUAUCCAUUUGUCAGUUGAAGGAUGUUUACAUUGUUUCAGUUUGUAGCUAUUUGAAUAUAGGGGCAAUGAACAUGAGUGAGCAUGUAUCUGUGGAAUAGGAUGUAUAGUUCUUUGAGCAUAUGUCAAGGAGUAGAACAGCUGGGUCAUGUACUAAAUUUGUUUAACUUGAAUCCUUGUUUAUUUAAUUGAGGAUCCUCCAUAAUGAUUUCCAGAGGGGUUAGAUUUUUUUUUCUUUUUCUUUUUCUUCUUUUUCUUUUUUUGCUCAUGGGUUUUUUAUGCCUUAUGAUUUUGUUUAAGUCUUCCUAGGUGGAUUAUUGGUAGAAUUCUUCUUCCUUUUCUGAGACAAUUAGUACUUUCCUUUCUUUUCUAUGAGUGGCUAUUUUCAUUUACUCUGUGAAUAAUUCCUCUGAUUCUUCUGUAUAUGCUUUACCUGUAACUUCCUAUGUCCUGUACUACUACGUUCUAUGUACUGUGAAAUCAAUUGGCUUAAUUUGUUACUAUCUUCAAAUAUACUUAUGUCUCCACUAGUUUUGAGAGUAUUUUCUGUAUGCACUAUAUGGUUGAUAAUGGUUUUCUCUCUACACUUUAAAUGUCUUUCCAUGCUUUUCUGGCUUUGGGAUCACUGACCAGACACCAGGUAGAAUUCUGCUGCUUGGAUCUCUUCAUGUAGUAUGACAUUGUUCUUUAAUAACAUUCAGUAUUAAUUUUACUUUUCCUGUUUGAUUCCAUGAUAUUAAAGAUCCACAAGCUGACUAUUCACUGUUCUUCAAAGAGAAGGUCAAAGAAGAGAAACAGCAAGAAAUGGCUGAUUCUUCAGUCAACACGUCCCAGUGUCUGUUGACAUUCCGGGAUGUGGCUGUGGACUUCUCCCAAGAGGAGUGGGAAUGCCUGGCCUCUCCACAGAGGGCUUUGUACAUUGAUGUGAUGUUGGAGAAUUACAGCAACCUGGUCUCUGUUGAGAACUACUGCAUAUGUGAUACUGUCUGUCAACCUGUGAAGACUGAAAGGGAGUCCUGUCAGUGUAAUGAGCUUGGUAAAAUGCUUCAUGAUCCCUCUCAUGGUGGACUUUACAAAAGAAGUGACACCACAGAAACCUCUAAUAACUACAGAUGCUGUAAGGACAGGGAUGUCUCUGUUGACUCAUCAAACCCAGAUCAACAUAAAAGCACAUGCACUGGGGAAGAACCUUGCAAAUCUAAAAACUGUGAGAAGUCUUUCGAUUUGUGUUCCAACAUUACUCAAGAUCAGACAUUCUACACUGAAGAGAAAGAGCACAGAAAGGAAAAACAUGAUGACCAUUUCAGCUCUACAUACAGUCUCAUGCAACAAUCAAUCUACAUUGGAGCAAAUGCAGGCCAGUGUGUAAAAUAUGGGAAAUGUUUCAGUAUUGCUUCAAGCCUCAGUAUACAGCAGAGAAUUGAUACUGGAAACAAACCCUACAAGUGCAAUAUUUGUGACAAAUCUUUUACUCAGUGCUCAAGUCUUAAAACACAUCGUAAAACACAUCAAAGACUUCGUGCUGGGACAAAACCUUACAAAUGCAGUGACUGUGAAAAGUCUUUUUCUUAUUUAUCUGCACUUAAAAGUCAUCAGAAAAGGCAUACUGGAGAGAAGAGGUACAAGUGUAAGGAAUGUGACAAAUCCUAUGCCUACCGUACUGGUUUGAAGAGACAUCAGAAAAUCCAUACUGCAAAGGAACGUUAUAGUUGUCAACACUGUGGCAAGGUCUUUCAUCAGCUCUCACACUUUAAAAGCCAUUUCACACUCCAUUCUGCAGAGAAGCCUUACAAAUGCAAUGAAUGCCACAGAUCCUUUCCCCAUUAUGUAUUCUUCAGAAGGCAUAAGAAAAAUCAUUCUCUACAGAAAUCUCACAAAUGCAAAGAAUGUGGUAAGUCCUUUUUUAUAUUGUCACAUCUUAAAACUCAUUACAGAAUCCAUACUGGUGAGAAGCCUUACAAAUGUACAGAAUGUGACAAAUCCUUUACCCAGUACUCACAUCUUCGAAGACAUCAGAGAAUUUAUACUGGAAAGAAACUUUACAGAUGUGAGGUAUGUGACAAAUGGUUUACUAUGUCCUCAAGUCUCAGCAGACAUCAGAAAAUUCACACUGAAGCAAAAACUUAUAAAUGCAAGGACUGUGACAUAUUCUUUACCCACUACUCAAGUCUUAGAAGACAUCAGAGGGUUCAUACUGGAGAAAAACAUACAUGUAAACAGUGUGGCAAAUCUUUUACUAGGGGCUCAACUCUUAGAGCACAUCAGAGAAUUCAUACUGGAGAGAAACCAUACAAAUGUAGUAAAUGUGACAAAUCCUUUAUCCAGGCCUCACAACUUAGAACACAUCAGAGAGUUCAUACUGGAGAGAGACCUUAUGUAUGUAAGGAAUGUGGCAAAUCACUUACUACAUGUGCAAUUCUUAGAGCACAUCAGAAAAUUCAUACUGGAGAGAAACCUUACAAAUGUAUGGAAUGUGGCAAAUCCUAUAUUCAGUACUCACAUCUUAAAAGACAUCAGAAAGUUCAUACUGGAGAGAAACAUAAAAUUGUAAAUAAUGUGACAUAGCAUUCAUCUAUUAUUCUCUCUCUGUUCAAAUCCUAACAUUAUACAUAAUAGAAAUGUAAGCAUGAGAAACAUGGGAAAGCCUUUAAAGUCUUAGAAUGUUUCACAAAGUUUGUCAAAAUAAAAAUUUCCAAAUGUAAUUAUAUGAAAA